AGAAAAAAAGAAAAAAGUUGAAAGGUAAGUAGUAGUGGAGAAAAGAUGAAUUAGAUGCUGAAACUUAACAGUGUAAAGAUUUUCUCAUCACUCAUUGAAAAUACUAUAACACAAACAAUACAUCAAAAGGAUUGGUUUGUCCUUCUGUUCUUCAAUGGCUUUAUAUUCUCAUUUCCUGGUUUUUUAUUUUUUCUUUCUCUCUUCUGUUCUUUGCCAAGUUACAGAGUUCAUCAGCAUAGACUGUGGAAGCACAAGUAACUACACAGACCCAAGAACUGGGCUGCAAUGGAUUUCAGACAAUGGAAUCAUGAACUAUGGGAAAUCAGUAGAAGUGAAAAAUCCAGAUGGAAAGUUUGUGCAGUAUCAGAGACGCAGAGACUUUUCUAUAGACAACAAGAAGUACUGUUACAAUUUAAGCACCAAAGAGAGAAGAAGGUAUAUUGUUCGUGCAACGUUUCAAUAUGGAAGCUUAGAAAAUGAAGAUUCAUUCCCCAAAUUUGAACUCUACUUGGAUGCAACUAAGUGGUCAACUGUGACAAUUUUGGAGGAUUCAAGAGUGUAUGUUAAGGAAAUGAUUAUCAGGGCUCCCUCGAGUUCUAUCGAUGUGUGCAUCUGCUGUGCUACAACUGGUUCUCCCUUCAUAUCCACAGUCGAGCUGCGGCCUCUGAAUCUUUCUAUGUAUGCAACUGAUUUUGAGGAUAGUUUCUUCUUAAAGUUAGCAGCUAGAGUAAAUUUUGGUGCUCCAACUGAAGAUGCCUUAAGGUACCCAGAUGAUCCCUAUGACAGAAUAUGGGACUCAGAUCUCAUUAAAAGGCAAAAUUUUCUUGUGGGGGUGGCCCCUGGCACAGUUAGAAUCAACACGUCAGAGAAUAUAGAUAUUCAGACAAGAGAGUACCCUCCUGUCAAAGUAAUGCAAACAGCUGUUGUUGGCAAAGAAGGAACACUUAGCUAUAGAUUGAACCUUGAAGAUUUCCCUGCAAAUGCUAGAGCAUAUGCAUAUUUUGCUGAGAUUGAAGACUUAGGAGCAAAUGAGACGCGAAAAUUCAAACUGAUGAUGAAUCCUUACAUGUCUGACUAUAGCAAUGCAGUGGUAAAUAUUGCAGAAAAUGCAAAUGGGAGCUACAGACUUUAUGAACCCAGCUACAUGAAUGUGAGUCUAGAUUUUGUUCUGUCAUUUUCAUUUGUUAAGACCCGUGAUUCCACACAAGGACCGCUCCUAAAUGCAAUUGAGAUUAGUAAAUACCUGAAGAUUGGAUCAAAGACUGAUGAUCAGGAUGUGGCUGUUCUAGAUGUCUUUCGUUCCAUGUCUACCAGAAGUUCUUGGACAAAUGAAGGAGGUGAUCCGUGUGUUCCAGCUCAGUGGGAAUGGGUGAAUUGUUCCUCAACUACACCACCAAGAAUCACAAAAAUUGAACUGUCAGGAAAAAAAUUGGAAGGGGAAAUCCCACCUGAGAUCAACAGCAUGGAGGAAUUGACAGAAUUGUGGUUGGAUGGUAACUUCCUUACGGGAUCACUACCAGAUAUAAGCCAUCUUGUUAAUUUGAAAGUUGUGCAUCUGGAGAACAACAAGCUAUCUGGUUCAUUACCUAAGUAUCUUGGUAGUUUACCAACCUUAAGGGAAUUAUACAUACAGAACAACUCUUUUAGCGGGCAAAUACCUCCAGCACUUUUGACUGGGAAAGUAAUCAUUAACUACGAAAAUAAUCCUGGACUACACAAAGAUGCAGCAAAAAAGUUGCAUUAUAAGUUGAUACUCGGAACUUCAAUUAGCGUACUUGCAGUUCUGCUAGUUUUGCUAUUAGGAAGUUUGAUAUAUUUACGCAAUCUGCAAAGGAAGACAUCACAUCAGAAAAGCAAUGGCCAAGGUAUGCAUAGCUCAGUUUUACUUGUUACACUGCAGACUCUUCUGCAUUCUGCUUAUGUUGUUGUGUUCCCAGGUAGCUCUUUACUCACCAGUACAAAACCUUCAACUGCUUAUUCAAUUGGUCGGGGUUGGCAUCUUGUGGAUGAUGGUGUUUCAUACUAUAUUUCAUUCUCUGAACUUGAAGAAGCUACAAACAAUUUUUCCAAGAAAAUCGGAAAAGGGAGUUUUGGGACUGUUUACUAUGGCCAAAUGAAAGAUGGGAAAGAAGUGGCUGUCAAGAUAAUGGCUGAUUCAUCUAGCCAUCUAACACAUCAGUUUGUGACAGAGGUCGCCCUCUUGUCAAGAAUUCAUCACAGGAACUUAGUUCCUUUAAUCGGAUUCUGCGAAGAGGGACAUCAACGCAUUCUGGUUUAUGAAUACAUGCACAAUGGAACUUUGCGGGAUCACAUUCAUGGUUCAGACAACCAGAAACGCUUGGAUUGGCUAACUCGACUACAGAUUGCUGAAGAUGCUGCAAAGGGCCUCGAAUACUUGCAUACCGGCUGCAACCCCAGUAUUAUACACCGAGAUGUGAAAACAAGCAACAUUCUUUUAGACAUCAAUAUGAGAGCAAAAGUGUCAGAUUUUGGACUUUCAAGACAAGCUGAAGAUGAUUUAACCCAUAUAUCAAGCGUGGCUAGAGGCACAGUUGGUUACCUUGAUCCUGAGUAUUAUGCAAAUCAGCAAUUGACAGAAAAGAGUGAUGUCUACAGUUUUGGAGUUGUUCUCCUGGAACUGAUCUCUGGAAAAAAGCCUGUCUCAACAGAAGAUUUUGGUGCUGAAAUGAACAUUGUUCACUGGGCAAGGGCCUUGAUUCGUAAAGGGGAUGUUGCAAGCAUUGUGGAUAAUGUCUUGAUAGAGAAUGCAAAAAUUGAAUCAAUCUGGAGGAUUGCUGAAGUUGCCAUCCAAUGUGUGCAACAAAGAGCGGUUUCAAGACCAAGGAUGCAAGAAGUGAUCUUGGCAAUACAAGAAGCUAGCAAGAUAGAGAAAGGAAGUGAUGGAAACCAAAAAAUUUAUGGCAGUGGUAGCUCCAGGGGACAAUCUUCAAGAAAAACAUUACUCACAAGUUUCCUUGAGAUUGAGAGCCCUGAUUUGUCAAAUGGUUGCCUUGUCCCAGCUGCCAGAUAAAUUUUUCUUCCACUCUCAGGCCUGAUUUAUCCUGUAUUUUAAAUUAAUAUAAUGCCAUACUUCAAUUAUGAUGAGCUUGAAUUGUGACCCAAAAUAUCUUGGAAAAAUUCCAAGCUUUUGAUACAA